AUGGCCAGCUCCUACACCACGAGGAACGGUCGCACGGCCAAAAGAGGGGCCUUCCUUAACAGUGUCUGGCAUUGCGACUGUGAGCCGCGGAUGCCAGCAGACAAGUUUCAAGUGAAAAACGGCGGCAAGAAUCACGGAAGAUGGUUCUACACCUGCCAAAAGCCGCAGCACAAACGGUGCAAGUUCUUCCUCUGGAAUGAUGAUGCCAAAGUCCGCGAAGAAGCUGCAGUCCUCAACAAUUCCCGAACAGAGCCAAAUGUGCCCGCUCCGGUGACACCUCAGAAGAAAGACCUUCCCGCUCUCCCUCCGACACCGCAAACGAGACGGGACACGAAAGAGCCUGCGAAUCCUAAACAUGACGAGAGUUUUGAUUGGUCGUCCAGUAAUGAUGAAGAGCUUCUCAUGGUAGAGCAAGAUAUGUUGGAGAAGGCGCCAUUUCAAACUCCGAAGAAAGUUCCUCGCACAGAGAGUCUGACAUCCCCAGGCAAGAGGAACUUUAUGCAGAGGAUUGAGCAGACCGGUGUCGCCGACGAAACCUGGCCUCUCAGUGACGAUGUCUUUAGUACUCCAAGCGCAACCCAUGAGUCUAGAGGCAGCGGAUUGCUCUCACCGUCCAGUACACCAGCUAGGAGGGCCACUGGGUAUGCCCUACCUGAACCUGAACCCUCCACGCUUGCUUCUGAAGCUCUCAGUAUACUGAACGGCUCUCGGCUGAGUCUGGAGGUCGAGAGGGAAUUAGUGGAUCUUCUUAAUAGGCACGACCUGCGUACUCAAGGCAUCAUCAAGGGCCGAGACAUCACACGUUUGGCUGUUCAGGCCAAAGAUAGGAAGAUUACAGAACUGCAAGCUCGAAUAUCAGCACUGGAAGCAGAAAAGGAAACAAACAAGAGAGUCAUAGCACACCUGAAACAGGACAUCGCUGCCUCUCCCAAGAAAGGCAAAGGAAGGAGUACCCAUCGGGGACAACAAUCAGAAGCCUGA